GUUGUUAGACCAUCCGCAACGCGGGUACGUCCGAGUAACUUAGCGCGAAGACCUAUGUAAAUCCGAGUAUUAUAAUAGUUUAAUUUUUUCUUUAGCUAAGAAAGGGUCCGUAAACAAGGAGUUUAAGGACUUAAUCCUUACGUGCGUGGCAACACCUGAUAGGCUAGGGGGAUUGGGAUGUUUUCGCGUGGGGAAAAAAACCGAGUCAGUUUCUUUCUACUUCUCGAAAAAAAAAACUCUCCGCGACAUCGAAGGCGAUACGGCGACAGGAGAAAGCUUAAGGUGUUGAAAUGGAAGAAGAAUUAAGAGAUAUGAAAGCACGGAAAGAUUACUACAACAUGCUUCAUUACGUUGCAGAUGCGCAACAGGGUAUUCCUCAACUCUGUCCUUGUGGAUCAAUCACGAAGGAAGUCGUUGAUGAAGAGGACACGUACGACUACCUACCGGGGAAAAGAUAUUUCAUUUGCAAAGAUUUCGAGAAUGACGGGUUGCAUUUCAGGCAACCAUGGGUUAUGGGAAUGCAACAAGAGGUUGAGAGGCUUAAAAAAAAAUUCUACGAGCAGGAGAAGCUUCUAAGAGAGUGCCAGUCGCUUAAGGAGCAGGUGAGGAUGCUGCUUAAGCGUGUGACUGAACUUGAGAGAGCCCAUUCCGAGGUCCAUGUGAGUACUGAAGACAAGUAGGUUGCUGUAUAAGUCACGGGUUCUCUGUUGCCUUACUGCUUUGUCUGUUUAUGCUAGUGUUUUCAUGUGAACCGAGUCACGGGUUCUCUGUUGCCAUUUCUUGGCUUUAUAACUAUGUUUCUUCUCUCGGCUUUGUAACUCAUUUGCUUCUUCUUCUACUACUUUCGAACCUUGUAUCUCUUGAACGUGUAAAACUCAUCUACUUUGUAACUCUACUGAAUUAUAGUCAAAUAUGGGAGAUGAAUUCGAUCAAAGAUUCGAAGCGGCUUUCUAAGGACUUCGUAGUGGUAACACCAUUGGACAGACAAUUUGGAUCAGAGUCCUUAACUAUUCAAAAAAAAAAAAAAAAACAUUAAAAUAUGGCUAAGGACUCCAAUGGUGGGUAACACCAUUGGAGAUGCUCUUAUAUACUACUAUAUAUGAAAAAGAGGACGAUAAUACGUGUUCAUUGUUUGACCAGUACUGUAUUUUUUUUAUUUUUUUGAAACAUACCAGUACUGUAUAUAAA